AGUGUGCGUGUGUGUGCGCGCCGCGGGGCUCUCCUUGACGCACGCCGGGCAGGGGGCCCCCAGCCAGCGCCCCUCCGCUGGGUGCGCGCCCAGCAGUUUCUAUAGGAACCGCGACAGCGCCCGGGCCCCUCCUGCGGAGCCCGGGUGCGAGCAUGCCCAGUGGAAGCCGCUAGUUUGGCCCGGGUCUAGGUUUCCAGUAAGUGGCAUGCGGGACUCCGAAGACAUCCCAAUGAGCUGAGCCGAGAGUCUUUGUGUGCACAGGGAGAAGGAGGCGGUGGCCGCCGGGCCCGGAGACCCCGCCCCGGGGGCCCGGCAGGAACAAUGCUAGCCUGCCUAACCCGGGGGAACUUACUGGACGUCCUGCAGGAGGGCUUCAAUGAGCAACAGCUGCAGGCAUAUGUGGCCUGGGUGAAUGCACAGCUGAAGAAGAGGCCAACAGUGAAGCCUGUGCAGGACCUGCGACAGGAUCUCCGGGAUGGGGUGAUCCUGGCGUAUCUCAUCGAGAUUGUAGCAGGAGAAAAGCUGAGUGGUGUACAGCUGAGUCCCAGUAACCAGCAGGAGAUGAAGAAUAAUGUGGAGAAAGUGUUACAGUUUGUAGCCUCCAAAAAGAUUCGUAUGCACCAGACUUCAGCUAAAGAUAUCGUGGAAGGCAACCUGAAGUCUAUCAUGAGGCUGGUCCUGGCCUUGGCAGCUCAUUUCAAACCGGGCUCCAGCAGGACAGUGAGCCAAGGGCAGGACGCCAGAGCCCCUCUGCAGAGUCACCAGCCACACUGUGCAACUGCUGUGGCCCAGGGAGCAGCUGCCGCCCUAGCCGAUGUGUGUCACGACAUGUCACGGUCAGGGCGGGAUGUCUUUCGAUACAGACAGAGGAACAGCAGCGUGGAUGAGGAGAUUGAGAACCCAUGCUGGAGCGUGCGAGCCCUGGUGCAGCAGUAUGAAGGGCAGCAAAGGUCCCCCUCCGAGUCCAGCUGCUCCAGCCUGACUUCCCCCAGUCCUAUCCACAGUGCAAAGAGUGACUCCAUUAUAACCCAGUCAGAGGAGAAGGCAGAUUUCGUGAUUAUUCCCUCUGAAGGAAUAGAGAACAAAACAGAGGAGACAGACUCUCCAUUAUCCCGGGACUGGAGACAAGGCAGCCCCCGGCCCUAUCUGGAGGCUUCAUGGGAAGAACAGCUGUUGGAACAACAAGAACAUUUGGAAAAAGAAAUGGAGGAAGCCAAGAAAAUGAUAUCAGGAUUACAGGCCUUACUGCUCAAUGGAUCCUUACCCGAAGAUGAACAGGAGAGGCCCUUGGCCCUCUGUGAACCAGGAGUCAAUCCCGAGGAACAAUUGAUUAUAAUCCAAAGUCGUCUGGAUCAGAGUAUGGAGGAGAAUCAGGACCUAAAGAAGGAGCUGCUGAAGUAUAAACAAGAAGCCAGAAACUUACAGGGGAUAAAGGAUGCCUUGCAGCAGAGGCUGACUCAGCAGGACACGUCUGUCCUUCAGCUCAAACAAGAACUACUGAGGGCAAAUAUGGACAAAGAUGAGCUGCACAACCAGAACGUGGAUCUGCAGAGGAAGCUAGACGAGAGGAAUCGGCUCUUGGGAGAAUAUAAAAAAGAACUGGGGCAGAAGGACCGCCUCCUGAAGCAGUACCAGGCCAAGUUGGAGGAAGCACUUCGGAAGCUCUCUGAGGCCAGUUACCAGCAGGUGGAUCUGGAACGGGAGCUGGAACACAAAGACGUCCUUUUGGCUCACUGUAUGAAAAGAGAGGCAGAGGAGGUGACCCACUGCAGCAGUCACAACCCUCAAAGCAAUGGUUUUCUCCUUCCAGUGGCAGGAAAAGGAGCUGCUUCAGUCACUCACAGAGGGCCCAGCAGCUGGGAUGUGGUUAAUGAAUGGCAGCGUGCCGUGCCAGCAGCACCCCGUUUCUGCCCACAGAGCAGCGACCUGCAGCUUGUUCGGGAUGCCCUCCGCAGCCUGCGCAACAGCUUCAGUGGCCACGACCCUCAGCACCACACCAUCGACAGCCUGGAGCAGGGCAUCUCCAGCCUCAUGGAACGCCUGCACGCCAUGGAGACCCAGAGGAAACAGGACAGAAGGGUUCGGGGCAAGUCACCCAGAACUCAAGCAGUUAGUGAAUACCGGGAGUCCUGGCCCCCUAAUUCAAAGUUGCCUCACUCACAGAGCUCUCCGACUGUCAGCAGCGCCUGCACGAAGGUGCUCUAUUUCACUGACCGGUCACUUACGCCCUUCAUGGUCAAUAUACCAAAGAGGUUGGGGGAGGUCACACUGAAGGAUUUUAAAGCAGCUAUUGACCGGGAGGGAAAUCAUCGGUAUCACUUCAAAGCACUGGAUCCUGAGUUUGGCACUGUCAAGGAGGAGGUUUUCCACGAUGAUGAUGCCAUCCCUGGAUGGGAAGGGAAAAUUGUAGCCUGGGUGGAAGAAGACCAUGGAGAGAAUUAAUGCUGUAUUAGAUUGAGGGCUUGUGGAACUCGGCAGUCCCUGGCUGCUUCACUCAGGAGAGAGGACUAAAACCAGGAUACACUACGAAGUUUUUAGUUUGUGCUGCCAAAACAGAAGCUUCUCCAAGUGUGACAGCCAUAGGCCAGUCCUGUUUCUGUGCCUGGCACGUGUGGUACUUAAAGUCCCUGUCCAAAAGUAGACCAUGGGUUCUUGUGGAGCUCCUUGUCCGUGGGAACACAGUGUUUUAUUCUACUCUGAGGACAACAAACCGAAGGCCUUAACUAGUGGGGAUGGAUGAUCCCACUCCUAUAUGGGCAUGGCUGCUACUAUCUGGAACCUGGGAACUGGAUGUAUCACUCCUGUGUGUUACAGUAUUAUUUUAAUUGGCCUCAGUGGUUGCAGCAAUCAGAGUCCCAGCAUUUGUACUCACAGACAAGGUGAAGGUACCAGCUUUUUUGCUUCUUUGCAGCUAUUGCAAACCAAGAAUAACUCGUAAGGUGGUACCAGAGAUGAAAGCCCACUCUUCAGGAAUUUUUUGGACUGGACAUGGAUGGUGCUGAAUUGUUGAAUGGAUUGAAAAAGGGCUGCCCAUAUUGUGCUAUAUACUACGCUAAAACCAUAGUUAAGUAAGACCUUGGGCUGCCUCUUGUGUCUUAACUGGUUUUGCAACUUGUCCUUUAGCCCACAGAGGGCAUAUUUCAUGUACUGCUCAUUUUCUCUGGGGACUCUUUAACUUUAGAGCCAUUUUUUUCCCCUUCCAACUGAUGAACUUUGUGUUUGAAAGGAGUAAGGAGUGAAAGUCUCCUUUCAAAUCCAGGCGGGUAUGGAAAGGUGCUGCUACCCAUGUCUUCUUGACUUUCUCUCAUGACUUUCUUUAGCUCAUGGCAUCUCCUUUGCAGUCAAAAGGAAACAGACCAUUAGUUUCAGUAUUUGUGAUUUAUAAGUACUGAGCACGAGUUAUUGGUCUACCCCUCUUCAUUUCAAAACCAGAGUUAUUUUCUAUUAUAUAUUUAGUCUAGGCUGAUCCUUUGGCCACAAUAGAAACCAUGGGGGCAUGGAGCAUGAGUUGUGAAUGGCAGGGUUGAUUCUGGGUGAUAACACCUAGAAUCCUUUCUCAUGUGCAACACUGUCAAGUGUAGAAGCUAAAAGAUUUAAACUUUCAGAGAUUACUUUAUAUCUUGAGUUUUCUCAUUCAUUCACCAAGCACCAUCAACCAAUCAGAUAUAUACAUAUAUAUCAGUCUGUCUGCCUGUGAUCACCAGUGUACACUGCCAACCAGAAGACUCAGACAGAUCAGCUGUGGGUUCUUGACCUGUCUGUCUCUAGUUCAUCUCCCCUUUUCAGCCAUUUCAACAGACGACUGAUCGGAGCUCUGAGAUGACAUUUUGUUGUUUUAUACAGAUGUGUCUUUAAGUUCAUGUUUGGAGAAUUCUUUUCUACUCAUUUGCUUUUUGUCCAAGAACCAUGUCUAUUUUUAUAACUUGAGUGAGAGUUCUGUAUAUUCUCACAUUCUGUAUACUGUAUCCAUUUUCUAGAGAACCCAGUUGCUUUUAUACAGGCUCUUCUUACCAGCCCUUGUGGUUUCAGAACAAGCUUUAUUUUAUUACAAGUAUACUAAUGACAGAUUACUCCUGUUCCAGUUCUACCAGCCAUUUUAGUUAUGGAGUUAGUUUUACGGAACCUAUUUGAUGGCUCCUCUAGCUGACAGAAGGAACUCAAAAGACACCUGAUGUCUUUCGUGUAAGUUUACCUGGUCUCCUCCUACUGAAGAAUGAUUUCUCAUCAGAAAUGACUGGGAAAAUUUGGGAAAGUCAUUUACAAGCAAGAAUAAUUCAUUAUGAAAGCAAACAGAAGAAAACAGUAUAUUCUCCAUUCCCCCCAGCCUCCCCCCCACCCCCAGGAAGUCUGGAGAAGAAGUCCUCAUGUCACCAGUUUCUCUGUUGCAUGAAUUUUAGUGUUUUGCUAUAAGACAGCAUGAGGGUUAUCAGGCCAAAAUUUGUUAUUGUAUUUUCAGUACAAUUUAUCUUGAAUGUCUGUCGCUUAAAUCAGUUUUACUUGUCAGUUUUCUUUCAGCAAACAUUCUUACUAUUAUGUAGAAUUUAACUUUUCAGAGAAAAUUAAAUCAGAAAAUUUUCAGAGUCCUCUACCUUCUUUGUCUUUUAUCUCUCUGUCUUUUGGAAAAGGAGCUGCAUGGCCUUAGUGCCUCCUUAGAAAGCUUAAGUUGAAUUAAUAGCUCAUUAAUCUCAUAUGCCACGGGUGAUAACUAAGCACCCCCAUUACAGGAUGGCACACCAGAGUGUUUGUGUAAAAUGUGUUGGUAAUCCUCAUUCCAGUUUCUAAACAGAGGACCCUUCUAGGCGGAGUGUGCAUUGGUUCAUUCUGGUUUGAAUUGUUUCCUAUUUGAUACACUAGGGGGCCUUUUGACUUAUUCAGACUAUUGCCCCCUUCUGGCAUUUGUGUGGGAUAGUCCAUCCUGCUACUGCUGAAGUUCUCUUUCUUUGAGAAAACUAAGGAACUAGAAUGUUUAAAGUCCACGAAAUAAUCUCUAAACCUGAUUUAAAAAAUGACCCUCUCAUAAAAACUAAGUUAGUAAAAAGCUCAAUUCCUUAAACAGUCUUCAUUUAAAAACUGAAGACUGUUCUCACUCAGUUAACUAAAGUAGCUGGAAUUGGAACACUUUACAAUUUCUACCUAAAGAAUUUAGGUUAAACUUACCUGGUAAUAUCAAUGCUGCUUACUGACCAACUUUCCAGCUCUUUUUGACCAGGAUGGUUGUAAAUUAAGGAAAAUAUCUUUAUACUCUGUAUUCAAUCCAAGAGGACUCUAAUUACUUAAAACCAUUUAGGUCAUAAUAAUAAUAAUUUUCAUUUUUUCCAUAAAAUAAGCAUUAUGAUUGCACACUCCUUCUAUUGUCUGAAUUUAUGUAAGAGGUAUAGCUUGCUUAAAAUAUAUAUGUAAAGUUAUAUUUUCUUAGAAACAUGGAUGUUUGCAACCAUUGCUUUCAAAGAGAUUAUUACCAUGUAUUCUGUUUUACGUUUUCAUGAAGAUUGUGUUAUACCAGAGGCUUCUGAUUAUCAAAGUGAUAACCAGUUUUAACUGUCUGUAUGUGCCAGAUUUGUGACCUAAUUUUAAAAAAACCCAGAAACAAACUAUGAAUAAAAUGGAGU